AUGGCAUCUGAUAUUGGUCUACCUACACUUGAGGCGUACGACGUGUCGCCUAGAACCGGGUUUCUGCGCGAAAUUGUGUCUUGCGAAUCCCAUUUGCACCCAUACUUCCAUCCAUGGUACUUCCAUCCAUGGAUCCGCGUUACUCGGGACUUGCAAAGUUUGAUCAAGGACAAUCGAAUACGAAGCGUCGUGGACGGGCUUCUGGUCCUGAGCCGCGAGCGUCUCGAGACAACAUCGCAGCGCAAAAAAGCAUACUCGAUGCUGGGCUUCAUUUGCCAUGCUUACAUUUGGGGAGGUCAAGAGCCCGCAGAUCUAUAUCACCUUGAUAGCCUCGCAACUCAGAUUACCUUCACGGGUUCGAUCGACGAGAGCUGGUUCUACCUCGUCUCGGUGGCCAUCGAGGCUAGGGGCGGUCCACUAAUCGGGGCCAUCUUGGAUGCAGUUCGUUGGCAUCCAGGAUAUAUGCGCCGUGUCAACUGCGACCCACACUUAUUCGACCACAAGAUAUGUCUGUUUCUCUCCGGUAGCAGUGGAAAUGAAAAACUCCCUAACGGCGUAUACUUUGAUAACGGAACACAUCCAAUGCAACCAUUUCGAUUUGCUGGAGGAUCGAAUGCCCAGUCGAGUCUGAUUCAAUUCAUUGACAUCGCGCUGGGUGUCACACAUUACCCCACCGGGAUCAGUGCAGGAAAACGCAACACUGAUUCGUUCCACGAGGAGAAGUCUGAAGUUUGUGUCGACCUGGCCCUCAUCGCCGCUUCCUAA